AUGCCUCCCAACGGUAUCAAGACGUGGCUAUCAGAUCAGGAGCGACUGCGACGCGCAGAAGAAGGGUCUUUUAAAGCUAUCGUUAUUCUUGCGUUUUCAUCAGUAAACAUGCAGUUCACCUUCUUCACCGCCGCUCUUUUGGCCUUGGCCUCGAUUGUCUCCGCUCAGGACUCGACUGUUACCGUCACCGACACUAUUACCAACUAUGGCGUCACCACCAUGACCACAUACUCCACCUACGUUCUUGCUUCGGGAGAGACCGUUCCUGCGUCUACUUCUACUACUUCCACUUCGUCCGAGGAGACCACCGAGGCUUCGUCGACCGAGACCUCGACCGAGACCUCGACUGACAUUGAGACUGCUCCUACUACCACCUUGACCUCGACCAUCUUGUCGACCGUCACGACCUCGUCCUGCACGACCACCUCUACGACUUCUUCUUCCUCGUCUUCGUCGUCGUAUUCUUCUUCCUCUUCGUCUAUCUUCUCCACUCCCUCGUCCUCCACGACCUCAUCUUCGUCGUCGUCGUCGUCCUCCUCCUCCUCAAUCUUCUCCGCUCCCACUUCGUCCGUGGCUCCUACCUCUUCGUCCGUGGUCCCUACCUCGUCCACCUCGACCUCAUCCGUGGUCACCCCCUUCCCCAUGACCAACUCCUCCACCAUCUCGACCUCGACCAUCUUCGUCUCGACCGUCACCGCCUUGAACUCCUCCACCCCCGUGACCUUCACCGGCGGCGCUCCCAUGGCCCACAGCCACGCCUCGGGUCUCUUGGCCGCCCUCUUUGCCGGCGCUAUCUUCAUCGUCGCUUAA